UAAUUUCUUCUUUACUGUCUCAGAAGCUGUACAGCUUUUAGUAGCUAAAACUUUUGCGUCGCUUUUUUAAAUACCUCCCGUGCAAAUCCAAACCAGGUGGAUAUCGUCGAGAACUGGAAUACACUUUUAUCUGCCUGGGCUGCAAAGGCGCGGUGGGAGGGGACGGCCGCUGGGAAUCCUGUGCGAAAACCCCGCUCUAAGGAAAAGGGACCCACGCCGGAGGACCUGCAGAAGAACCUCAGCCCCCGGGGAAGCUGCUCCUGGCGGUCUCCCCCUCUGGGGGCCGCGCCCCCCGCUCUCCCCCUGCGCUGCACGGCCCGGCCAUCGCCACCGGCCGGGGCUCGGCUCGGCACGGCCAUCACAGCACCGCGGGUGAAGGCAGGACCCUCGCUGCUUUCAACGCUGAUUGGGCAAAACGAGCUCCUAAAUCGGCUAAAUUGACGGGACCGGAGCGGCGGCGGCGGGUGGCGAAGUCGUGACGGACCUCGGAGCGGCGGCGGCACCGGGGCCCAGCGAGGCGGCGGCUCCAGCCCAGGGUGCCAUCAGCGCGGCUGUGAAGCUGUUUCCGAGACCGAGCUCCCAAAGGAUCUGCCAGCAGCACUCCUGAUAUCUCUGCAGCAAGGUGCUGUUUGUUCUGGGCAGAGAGAUGCUGCCUGUGAGCAGGAGAAGAGUGAAUUCUGCUCCAUGAGUAGAGUUGCGAAUGAGCCCCAGCAUCUCCAGGAGGGACCAGCAGCCGCGGUUCCACACUUGCCUGGGGCCCAAGAAGCCUCUUGGCAUAAGCAGGGGGAUGCCACUUGUGAGCGUGCAGUGAGUGCAGAUGUGGAGAAUGGAUUCUGCACCAGUGACGGGAGCGUGAGGGAGCCCCUGGCUCCCCAGGGCACAGCAGCAACGGGCAAUGAACACAAAAGGAACCUCAGAAGACUCCUGGGUGAACGGUUCAGGUGCCAUCCCGUGGGCACGGCAGUGCUGAUUCUGCUGCUCCUGGUGCUGGUGCUGGCUUUGGGGGCGGCCUUGGCUGUGCUGGCAGCACCACAGGUUCCAGUCACACCUGCGACUCCGCUGUUGGUUCUGGGCUGUCCCCAUGGCUGGGUGGGCUACAAUGGGGUCUGCUACAACUUCUCACUGGAUUACAGCACGUGGGAGCAGGGUCAGGAACAGUGCUCCAAGCUCAAUGCCUCCCUGGCCAUUGCCAAGGAUGAGGAGGCCAUGGAUUUGCUCUUCCGCCUCCAUGGGAACAUCGAUUACUGGCUCGGGCUGCGCAGACGGGGCGAGCGCCUGCAGUGGGGGGACGGCAGCAGCUACAGCUCCCGGGUUCCUGUCCUUGGCAAUUCCGAGUGUGUGUACCUGGUUGAGAGGAGAUUCAAGAGUGACAACUGCUCCCAUGAGCGGCCGUAUCUCUGCAGCAAGGCCCAAGCUCCCCUGUAACAGGGGCUGCACAAAGGACCUUCUCCACGCUGGGCAGUGCCAGCUUCACCUCUGAGCCCAGCACAGCGCUGUCCUUCCUCAGCUGCGCCCUGUGCCUUGCACUUCCUCUCAGGGUCACCUCAGUGCCUCUCCAUCCCCAGUGCCAGCGCUGGGCUGGGGCUGCAAAGGAAAAGUCUCUGCAAUCCAUCCUGCCACCGAUGCUGCCUGCAGUGAGUGCAUUGCCCUCAUGACACAACGAGCUCCAAUGGGAAAUCCAGAUCUCCCUCGGCUCCGGGAAAUCAUCACAAAGUGGCCGGAACGUGGCACUAUUGGACUGUCCUUGGAAGAGGAGGAAGAACCGCUGACACGUGCUGAGGAGGAAUCCCACUUUUGGCAUCAGGCACCUGACUGUGAAGAAGGGUCUUUCUGUCUGUCUGUCUAUCUG